AUGAAAAUGGAUAAUAAUUAGAAGUUUGAAAAGAAGCAAAAGAUUAUAGGUAAUAAUCUAUAAUAUAUAAUAUUUUAAGCGCUUUAUCAAGAUAUACAUAAUAAGGCAGAUAUUUAAAUGGAAAUAAAGAAGGAUAAUGGCAGAUUAAUUUAAAUAUAUAUUAAAUUUAGAUUAUUAUAUAUAGAAGAGAAGGAAACUAUAAUGAUAGAGGAUUAAAGUUUGGAUAAUGGAUUGAAAUUUAUGAUAAAUUUUGGGAGUUAAAUCUUAAUAUAAAGAAAAAUUAAAAGUGGUAGAUGGAAUGCAUUGUUUACAGCUCAUCUGCAGAAUAGAAAUGGAAUAAAGUUUAAAAAAUGGAUUGAUUUGUAUGAAAAUAAUUUAAAUAACCCAUUUAUGUUGGUAUAUAUUAAGAUGGAAUCAAAGUAUGAGAAUAAAAAUAGAUAAAAUAUAUGCUUAUUAUUGAAUUAGAAAUAUAUAUAUAUAUAAUUAAUUAUCAUUUAUAUUUUAUUUGAAGUGACCAAUCUUAAUAAUUAAGGAUAUAUUGAUAGAAUUUCAAUAAAAAUUAACUUAAGGAUUAGUUAUUGA